ACUGCUUUUGGCUGAAUAAAUAUAUAUAUAUAUAUAUAUAUAUAAUUUUUUUUUCAGCGAAACUAAAAGGAAAAGAGCCUAAAUUAAUGGAGACACUUGCUCUUCCCUCACUCUUUUAUUGUCUCAUUGCUUUCUCAACCUUCUUGCAAUUCUGCAUUGCAGCUGACACCAUUAGUUCUGGGCAAUCAAUUAGCGGUAACCAGACACUAGUUUCCUCAGGCCAAGUUUUUGAGCUGGGCUUCUUCUCUUCAGGCAACAACAAGAGCAGAUACUUGGGCAUAUGGUACAAGAAGACCCCAGGGAUACUUGUGUGGAUAGCGAACCAGAACAAUCCACUCACAGAUGCAUCUGGAGUUUUCACUAUCAGCAACAAUGGAACGCUUAUUCUUCUCAACCAAAGAAACCACACUAUCUGGUAUUCCAACUUGUCCAGGGUCGCACAGACACCAGUUGCUCAGCUUUUAGAUUCUGGUAACCUUGUUCUUGAAGACAGUGUUACAUCAAGCUCUAAAAGCUAUCUGUGGAAGAGCUUUGAUUACCCACUUAACACAUGGUUACCAGGCAUGACAAUAGGAAAGGACAUGAACAAUGGUGUAGACCGAUUUUUGACAUCUUGCAGAGACUCAGAUAUUGCAUCUCCUGGAGAUUUUACAUACAAAUUUGAUUAUAAGGGGUUGCCUCAAAUAAUUCUUAGAAGGGGUUCAGUAAAAAAAUUCCGCACUGGACUAUGGAAUGGAGUUCGAUUUGGUGGUCUUCCUGUGCCUGUUAAUCAAUAUUUUGUUCCCAUAUUAGGACUUCAAAAGGACGUGGUGGGAAAUUUAUAUGAACCUAAAGACAAGUUGAAUAAUAUGAGGAUAACAUUGAGUCAGUCCGGCCUCCUGCAAGGCAUUUUAUUGAAGGAAGGAAGCAGUGAAUGGACCAUUAUGAAUGCAAUUCCAAAUGACUUGUGUGACAAUUAUGGGCAGUGUGGUGCCAAUAGUGUUUGCCCAAGUUACAAAUCAUAUCAAUCUGCAAGUGUUUGGAAGGUUUCAUCCCCAAAUCACCAGAAGAAUGGAAACAGCUCAUUUGGUCGAGUGGAUGUGUGAGGAGAACUCCGCUGGAAUGCCAGAGGAAAGAUGGUUUCAUAAAGCUUGCGUGGGUGAAAUUGCCUGACUUGUUGGAGUUUUGGUUAAACAAGAGUAUGAGCACCAAGGAAUGCGAGGCGGAGUGCUUGAAGAACUGUUCCUGUACAGCAUAUGCAAAUUCAGAUAUUAGAGGAGGCAACGGUUGUUUGAUCUGGUUUGGGGAUUUGAUUGAUAUUAUGGGGUACAGCGAAGAAAAUGAUAUUAGUGGGUAUUCAGAAGAAAAUCCUGGGCAAGACAUCUAUAUUCGACUGCCUGCUUCAGAACUUAGAUCAAUCCACAAAUCAAAUACGAAGAAAAGGCUGGUGGUCAUCGUAAUGUUAUCAAUCAGUUCUGGAUUGCUUACUUUGGGGUUGGUUUUUAGUUGUAUUUGGAAAGCAACAAAUAUAAGAUGUAAGUAUACUCAUCCAUUUUUCCUAUAUAUAUACACUCAUCCAUCAAAGCAAGAUCAAUUAAAGAGGGCAUAAUAAAGGGUGCUUAGACUAAAAUUAAAAAGCAGUUCCUGAAAAGGUAAUAUAUGGAUUCAAUAGGUGAAAGAAAGAAAGAAGACGUAG